UGGACGCGAGCUGAGCUGGCGCACGCCGCAGGAUCACCAUUCAACGAUCCAGAGCGCUGGGCAGUUUCCCAAUUCAAAAUUCGCCGCCGCCUCCUCCUCCUCCUCCUCUGAGCAGAGCAGAGCAGCCAUGGCCUCGCUCCGGCCGCCGUACCACGGAGAUGUCCUCGCCGUCCAGUCACUGCCGCCGCUGCCGGCUCCGUCCUCUUCGCCCGUAAACCACGCGAUCGCCAUCGUCUUCGCCCUCCUCGCGCUCGCCGCGUGCGCGUGCCUCGCCAUCCACUUGCUCCUCCGCUGCCUCUCGCGGAGGCGGCAGCGGCAGCGAUCGCCUCCGGCUACAGGUUCCCGACCCAUGCCGCACGGCGCCUCCCCCUCCGCGACGACCGCAGCAGCUUCCGACGCCGCCCUCUCAGCCACGACCGCAGCAGCUUCCGACGCCGACGCGGCAGCCCCCUCCUCCUCGGCGGAGCUCCACGACCAGAUGGCGCGGCUGAUUUCGUCGCUGCCUCUGCUCACGGUGACGCUGGCGGCGCUGGCCAAGGGCUCCGCCGACCCCGACUGCGCCAUCUGCCUCUCGGCGCUCGAGCCGGGCACCGACCUGCGGCUGCUCCCCACGUGCCGCCACGCCUUCCACGCCGCCUGCGUCGACGCGUGGCUCCGCACCAUCCCGUCCUGCCCGCUCUGCCGCGCCGGCGUCUCCCUCCCCGCCAACUCGGGGAGCUUCCGCGUCGACGUCGGCAGGAUCAGCACCUCGCCCGCCGCGGGCCGCCGCGCCUACUCCCUCGGCGGAUCCUUCGACUACCGCGUCGAUGAUGUGGAGGCCGUCGUGGCGCGCAUCGCGCCUCGGGCUGGGCCGCAGGGCCCGGGCGACGCGCUGGCGGAGGCGGCCGGGUCGCGCGGGUGGCUACGGGAGUACGUGGAUCGGUUCUCCGGCCGGUGGAGCCGGGACGAGUCGAGGCGGUGGGACCCGGAAGCGGCGGCGGCGGCGGCCAUGCCAGAGGACGACGGCGCGGGAUUCAUGCGGUGGAUCUACGGGAGUUAGCUGGAUUCAUGGCGAACAUCGCUGUUGCGUACUGAAGAAUG